AUGAGGUUGUCCAGACCGAAGGUGCUGUUUUGUUCACCAAGAACUGUGGAUAAGAUUUUAUUGAAUUUACACGAAUAUCCUUUUGUUCAUACUGUGCGGCGCAGCGCUUUUGGUUUGUACGACAACCCGCGCAGAUUCGCGCCGAUUUGCGCUGCUCUGAACAAGCGCGAACGCGAUCCGGCAGUUGUCGGUACAUCAAAGAAAAACAUAUGUUUGUGCUUGUUUGGUUUGGACGUGAAAACGUACGCUGGUCAUUUAAUUAGGUGUUUAUAA